AAGUCAGCGGCAUGUUAUUUUGCUUGUUUACUUUCAGUAUUUAGCCAAGUUAUUUUUCGCACAUAUGCAGGAAGGUAGAGUUUAUUUUAUUCUUUCAUUUCCAUUCUUUUGGAAAAAAGACAAUCAGGAAGCGGAACUGACAAUCCGAAUAAAUUAAUUGUUGUUGUUUUUGCUGGAUCAUCACAAGACUGUAAAGCAUGUGAUGGUGAGUGAGUGAUUGAGUGAGUGCUGUAGCGGCUUUCAGGGAUGAUUAGAUUGCACUCGGUGAGGGGGAACCGUGUCUGAACACCGAUUAAACGUGUAAAGAGUGAACGCUGCUGAAAUGGUUCAUGUGUAUAACUGCCACCCGUUCGCCUGUCAGCGGAUCGUCCCGGCGGCGCAGGAGCCCGGGCUGGUGUGCUGCGGCGGGGGCGCGCUGUUCGUCGUCUCUGCUGGAGGAUGUAAGAUCGAGGCGUAUCACAUGCAGCAGGAGGAAUGUCCUCUCAUCUGCCGCUUCUCCACCAUGGGAACAGUGCACAGUAUUGUGUACAGUCAGAUCGGGGAUUACCUAGUCACCAUUGAGGAGAAGAAUGGUGCCACCUACCUGAGGGCCUACACCAACUGGCGCUACCAAGCAGCUGAGAAGAAGCGUGUAGGUGUUCGUUUGCUCGGGCACCUCAUGCGUGGUCCGGUUCUCCAUGGUACCCCCAAGGAACAGAUGGAGAUCGUAGAGAUACCAUUGUCAGAAACACCGCUCUGCACUGCCUGCUGCUCCAUAACUGGUGCCCUGCUGGUGGCCUGUGCAAAGAGCCUGGUGCUGUUUGGUUUGAAGCGGCAGUCACUUAGCGAUCAAGUCGACGCCCUUGACUUUGAGAGGCUCCUCAUCCUGUACGUUUCUGGUUGGAGCCCGUUGCAGGUGGCACUCUGUGGUGUGUACGUGGCCUUGCAGACAGAGCUGGAGGUUCUGGUGGUGAAGCUGGAGAACCUAGAAAGGAGACGUACCUCAAAUGAAGAGCAUACACAGCUGCCUGGUGAUGAAUUGGCUGCAGCUGGUGUUACUGACAAUAUUGAUGUUAAAAAAGAACCACAGAGUCCCCUCGAGUCCGAUGACUUCUUUAUGUUCCCGAAGCAUUUGGAGAUGCUGGGAGAUAAAGCAAAGGAUUGUGGGGUGUCUUUGUCUUUAGAGUGGACUAGGAUGGAGACAGAAGCAAGUGACAACGUGGGAUUCACCUACAUCCUGUACAGGAGGUUUGCCCCAGAUUUCUUCCAGGGCUGCAGUGUGGAGGAGACACGCUUACACUCCCUACAGCUCCACCCCAUGUACACUGGUAAUCUGGAUGUAAGCAGUGACGCUGAAAAGAGUGAUCCUGCCUGUAUGUUCUGUUUCUUUUCUCUGCCAAAUGCUGGUUACAUGUACAGCCUGAAGAACACCGUAGAGCUCAUUUCUACUUACCAGUACCCGGAAAAAGCCCAUCAGGCUUUGCUUUGCGACCAGUUUCUCCAUGUCAUCACACGAAAUGCUCUGCAGUGUUUCACUGUGAGAUGCAGUGCCGUUGCUGCUCGAGUCGAGGACCCCUACAUCGACACCACCAUGAAGGCCUGUCCUCCUUUCACUAUGGAAGUUUGCGCCCUCCGUAUUCAGCUGUUCAUCGGUCUGAAGUCUCUGGGUCAUGACGGGAAUCACAUUGUGCUGCUCACAGCUGCUGACGUUGAGACCAAAGAGGAGCCGGAACGAGCGACUAGAAGAUCUGCCAAAUCAAAAGAGCAGAAUUCACUGGCAGGGAUUUUCCUAGCGGUAGGUAUAAAUCCAUCCACCAGCCCAGCUCUGGAGAGCUUCCUGUCCAGGUCGUUCCUAUCCAAGAAGACCUCUGUAUCAAAGCUAAAGGAGCCCAGUGAGACUGGCCACGGCUGGAACCUGUAUGUGAUAAGCACCGUGUCCACUUUGCAGCUCUACAGAGAGAUGGUGGAGUACAGUAAACGAUAUGAGCAGACCAACCCGCUGUCCCAGGACUGUGUUCAUCUGCUGAGUGAAGCUCACCUGCUGCUCAGAGCCAGUCUGCUCUGUCCGACCGUAGACGGAGACCAGAUCCAGGAAGCCUUCCAGGAGAGCUGUGCACAGCUGGGAGACUGCUUCAGCAGGCUGGAUAAGCAGGAUUGCCACUUGGCUCUUCCGUACUACAAGAUGUCUGGCUUGUCAGUGACUGAGGUAAUCAAGAGAAACACUGCCAUAUGCACAGGUCCUGUUCCACACUAUGGGAAAGGCUUCCUCUUCUUCCUUAAGCACUCUCUCUAUGAGGAAACCAUGGAAGAGCUCAGUGAAGAAACUGCUAACACCGUGUUGGAGAUCUUCAGUAAGGCUGAGCCAGGCCAGCUCCCAUAUGUAGUGAGCAGCUCAUUUAUGAAGAACGCCAAUCCCGCCUGUGCACGUGCACACCUGGAGCAGCUGGAGCUCAGUGGCGCCCCAUCUGUCACAGUCACGCUGUGCAAGGCUGCUCAGGCACUGCGCUUAGGAGACUUGCACUACUACCAGCAGCAGAUGGAUCGACAUGCUGAGAUGCUGCAGGUGUACGGCUUCAUAGAAGAGCCCAAGCUUCUUGUGUAUCGCAAAGGGAAGGCUGUGGUGCCCACUCAGCUGGCACGGCAUCUGAGGGACACCCAGGAUGGCCUGCUGGUGGCUGCCAUCGUGGCACUUCAUGAGAACAGCAAGGUUAAACUGGAGGAAGCUGAACUCUUCUUUCAGGAGUUGUGUAAGGAUGCCACAGAGCCUUGGAGCAUUCCUCAGCUGCUGGUGGAUUUUUGGGAGGCUCUGCUGGUGGCAUCGUCUCAGGAAUCGAUCAUCCAGGAGCUUUUGUUUCACCUCACCUCUGUAUACAUCGAGCGCGUCAUGUGCAGAAAGCACUCGGGCAUUAAAGCACUUAAAACAGCUGAGGACUUGAUUAACUCCUGCUCUCACUAUGGACCACUGUUCCCAUGGUUGAACAUCCUGACUCCUGCUCAAUUCAACAUCACACAUGACCACCAAGAAGACCUUCAGAAGCUGCAGUCUCUGCUGUGUGGCCCAACCCUGGAUGUGUCCUCCAUUGUACCUCUACUAGAACAGCUACCUGAUGCAGAUAACACGGGCCUUAGUGUGCAUGUGCUCUGUGCCACCAAACUUGGUCAUCAUGAGAACGCCAUCGAGAAGCUACUGAACCGCUGCCCUCAAGCCAUCGUCUCCUAUGCCAAGCACGAGUUACACAGUGACAAAAUGGCUUUGUGGUGGCAGAAACUCUUUCCUGAGCUUUGUGAGAGGAUGCGGCUUUCUCCUGGAGAUGAUGAUUUUCUAAUCACUGCUCUCAAAGAGACUCUGAUGGUGGUGGCCAGUGAGCUGAACCCAGUAGAGUUUUUGGACUUGUUACCAGACGAUGGUACUGCACACUUCUUCCUGCCUCAUCUUCUGACAUGCAGCCAGAGGCAUCUCCUUAUAUGAAUUGCAGGACAGUAUACAAACUAGGAGUGGAACGGUAUAUCAUAUAAGCUAACACAUGGGAAUAAGAUUGUGUGGAUCUUGUCAUUUGUGUUUAAUUAUAUAUAUAUAUACCAAAAUAUUAACCAAAUAACUACUUUACAGUUCUUUAUCACAGUAUACUGUCAUAUAGGUAUAUGUUAUACCUGUGAGAGCAAAACACUACAGAUAGAAAAUCUUCUGUGUAGAAUAUGAGUUCAGGACCAACACAACCUGGUUGUGUUGUGAGUUUUGCUCCUACUUGCUGGUGUUGGUUAAUCAAGCUCAAGAAAUAAUUUAACUGGAUGUUAUAAGCUGGUUUUAACUGGAUAUGAACAAGAUAAUUGUAUUAACUUCUGGUAUAUACUACAUUUACAAGUCAAAGUCCUUCCUGCACCAGUCAAUGGCGCGCUUGGUGGCGCCGAUCUCCGUUUCAUAGCCCUCGGCUUCUCGUUACCGGUAUAUUACAUAGCUAGGGUUACAAUGGGGGGGCUAGUCCUCUGGUAACUGCUGGUACAUUUCCAAGUGGUAUAAUAAAGACAUAAUAUUUUGUGCUGUUGUAUAAUGCACCUCAUAACUGGGUCAAUUUAGUUUCCACUUUCCCAGUUAGUUCCUGGCCUAGAAUGUAUUGCUGAGGUGCUGUAACUACUAAUCUGAGUAUCUUAGUUCAUAUCCCUUUUAAAAUCACAAAUGUAAAUAGUUUUUGCCCAUUACUGCCUUGGCUAUGAAUUUCCAAAAAACAGUUUUUUCUAUAUUAGUAGACAAUUUACAAUACAUUUAACAGUUAUUCCACAAAAUUGAGUCGUACAUGAGCUGAUAGCCGACGAGACACGUAGCACCAAGUUGGCUAUACGCCAUGUACGACAAGAUUGAGUGGAAUAACUGUUUUAUUCUAUCCACAUUCACUGGAUUUUGAGAAACAGAGCAUUUUUAUCUUUGGCAAAUUUGAUAAAUAAAAACUUUAUACAAAACGACUGACAAAAUAAUUUCCACUUAGAAUGUAAACAAAUCGGCGAAAUGACAGUAGAAAUUUGUGAAAGAUGCUAUAAUAAUAAUAAUUCCUGAAAAAUUUUAAGAAGGUGCAUUCUUACCAUCAAAUACUUUUUAUUCCAUAUUUUGUGUGUUUGUUUUCGAGUAGAGCUUUUAUUUCAUCCUCGGUUGGUUCAGCAACACACUGCCAUUUUGAUUUCUCUACUCGUGGUAUAUGAGCUGAUAGUCUAGUAGUAGAGUAGCCAAUCAGAGUGCACAAUUACUUAUAUCCAGUGAAAGUGGAUAGAAUAAACUCUGAAUGACAUUUUAGAAUAAUGGUCUAAAUAGUGAAUUUUAGAUUUAUGUUUUUUAAGAGUUUGUUUUUGGUUUCUCCAUAUUUCUGGAAGUAAAUAUGGAGACGCAUAUCUGUUUCAAGGCCUCUAUUUUAAAGGAGGAUGCCAUGACAACAGAGAAAAUAAACUGAAUCUUCCAGUUAUAGUAACUAUUUUAGGUUUUUCCAUUUAGUUUGAACUGAUUAACAUUAUACACUCAGGUGUUUAAUGUUAGCCUAGUUAUGUUCAUUUUAGCCCUUGGAAAAGGAUAGACAUGUCCAGAUUUCCAUUUGAAAAUACUGUACAAGGAAACUGAAGAUCCUGUGUAAGGGGGGAGAUGUAAAUUUGUCACGCUUCUGCCAUGGAUCACAUGAAUUUCUAGGCCAUAACAGACAACAUGACCGGUCAAAAUAUCGAUCUAAAAUUCAGUAUUUGGGCCGAUAUUCUAAAAUGUCAUAUUCUUCAUCUAAAUUUACCACUAAAAUAGAAAAAUUAAGGUGUUUUUUGUAAAUUUGUAUCCAGUUGAGUUUUAACACACUUGCCUAAACUCAUGAAUGAGCUGAUCAUCAAAUCAACAUUGCAAUCAUGUAAACUCAAGCAGGAACGACACUGUAAUUAAUACUGAUUACACUGGGAACCAGUGCUGUGUUUUGUUUUGUUUUCUAUUAAUCUAUGCAGGGCUAAGUACUAAUUACUGGAUUCCUCAUUUAUAGCACUGGAGUCUUUAGCUUUAUAGGCUAAAGCAAGAGAUGAUGAGCAAUAUAUGCUUUGUUUAGUUGCCUUGAUGGUUAUCACAUGCUGUUUCCAGUCAUCUUAUGACACGGAUGUUCGUAUUUGCACUUUUAGCACUUCUCUGUACUUUAUCUAUUGUGUGCUGAUAUUUAAAAUGCAUUUGUAAUGUCUUCUUUCUCUUUUUAUGCUGUUUCUCAUUAAAUUAAAUGCAAACUGUCACAA